CAUAGAAUUACCGCCCUACUGACGCCUAACUCACGCUGUACGCUACUUUUAGGCCUGUUUGCAGCACAAGAAGGUCCGAUCUCUACGGCAUUCAAUAAUUUCUUCUCCAUACCUGCGUUUCGAUCCAUCUCUGAGUUCAAGUUGAAUUUUCAAAAGCAAUGGCUGGCAGAGCUCAAAUCCCCACUAAAAGCUCGGCACUCAUUGCUAUGAUUGCUGAUGAGGACACUAUAACUGGGUUUUUGCUGGCUGGAGUGGGUAAUGUUGACUUGCGGAGAAAGACAAAUUAUCUCAUUGUUGACUCAAAAACAACUGUAAAACAAAUUGAAGAUGCAUUCAAGGAAUUCACCACAAAGGAAGACAUUGCUAUCAUUUUAAUAAGCCAAUAUGUUGCGAACAUGAUAAGGUUCCUAGUAGAUAGCUACAACAAGCCGGUACCAGCAAUUCUGGAGAUUCCAUCCAAGGACCAUCCUUACGAUCCUGCUCAUGAUUCAGUUCUCUCACGAGUGAAGUACCUCUUCUCUGCUGAGUCUGUGGCAUCCGGAAGGCGUUGAUCAUCUUAAAGCACUUGCUUCAAUUCUGCACACCACUAUCUCUAGUACUUGGUUACUGUGUUAUUUUGAAUUGUUUUUGCUUCAUUUCUGUAUUUCAAAUCCAAAUCCAAAUCCAAAUCCAAGUCCAAAGAGGAUGUAAGUUAUGAAGAUCAUUCAAAUGAACUGUCAUGAGAAAAGCCCAAACUUUGUGGUCGGAGCUGACUUCAUCAAGACUUUCCUAUAUACAAUAAUUUUUAAUUCCAGAAAA